AUGGCUAUGGGCGAGCAUGCCUCAACGGCCUUGGCCAUCAUGUGGAUGAUGGCUGGGUUGGUCUUUAUCUUGGUGAUACUCCGUGUCUAUACCCGUGUGGUCUGCAUGGCCGCUUAUGGCACCGAUGACUGGAUAUAUGUUGCCGCAUUUAUCGUCCUCUUGAUCUAUACCGUACUCAUUCAGCAUGCUGACUUUUUCGGCUUCGCUCGACUGUUCGAGUGCCUCGGACAAACCACGUCGUUUGUCGGUAUGCCUCUCGCUAAAGCUUCACUUGGGGCGUUUCUUCUUCGACUCGUCACUGUGACAUGGCAUCGAGUUGCUGUCUGGGGAGCAAUGACUUUGAUGUCCUUGGCAUCUGUUGAAACCACGGUUCCUCUUAUUGUGUGGUCGGCGGCAGAGAUGGCUAUUACCCUGAUCUGCAUCGGCAUACCCGUUUUGAGACCGUUAUACAAGCGCAUCUACUUACGCUUUCGAACGCAAUCCGCACACUCGUCAGGAUAUCUCAAACAAUCGGACCGUUCAAGGGAGCAACCAGGGUAUGCACUCCAUACUAUCGGCGGAGGACCCCUUGAUAUUGGGCAGUGCAACUUGAAGCGAGUGAACUGUACAAAAGCAAUAAGCGUCAUGAACAAAAACGAUGAUGACUUUCUUCACAUGCAAGUCCGGAUAGGGGUCAGCGAACCUUCUAAGACGACAGUGGUAGCUCAGCAGCGAAGGCUUGACGAGGAUUCAGAUAUGGACACAGUUGACGAUUACGGCCGUAGCCAACUGGAGAGCAGUACUGAUAGCACGCGGAGGGUAUUGGGAGAUGAAGAGCAGGGUAUGGUAAACAGUAACCCGCGGAGUCUCAACACCAUUACCGUAACGCAAAGCUUUAGCGUUGAUAGAAGUUGA